AUGUCGGAACUGCAGUUGGAAAAGAACACGGACCGAAGGGGAACCCCGCUCCCACCGCUGCUGAAGGUGCUCAUCACGCUUCGGUUUUACGGCACUGGUGCCAUGCAGACAGUGGUUGGCGACCUCGUACGCGUCUCACAGCAGUAUGUGUCGCGUUGUGUCUGGGAGAUCACCCAGGUCUAUGUUUGCGGCUGUGUAACGGGGUGUAUAGACUGCACGCACGUCCCGAUUGUGAGCCCUGGAGGUGAGAACGCCGAGGUCUUCCGCAACCGCAAGGGAUACUUCUCACUUAAUGUGCAGGCUAUCACUGGUCCCGAGCUCCAAUUCUUUGACGUAGUUGCCAGUUGGCCUGGAUCUGUGCAUGACAGCAGAAUAUUCACCAACAGCAGAGUGAUGGCUCUCUACGAACAGAAGGCUGUACCUGGCGUUCUCCUUGGUGACCAGGGGUAUGCGUGCCUACCAUUCCUCAUGACACCACUGAAGAAUCCUCAAACAAGCGCAAAAGAGGUAACAGCACAUGAACCUCAGCAUGGAAAUUAUAAGGUGCGCUACUUGGCACAAUAG